UACUCUAAAACCCUAAAUCAAUUUUCAUUUUCAUCUUCCUCUUGGGAGCCCAAUUUCUUACCUAUUGUUAAACCCUAAUCCAAAUCCGUUCUGUAAUUUCCUUCAUUCAUUUCUUACAACCAUCACUUCUAUGUCCACUGAACAUUUUCUCAUGUAGUUUAAAGCAGUACGCUGCAUCUCAUUGUAAGGAGGAGGGCAAAAGGACAGGGUAGAACGAAUUCCAGUUCUAUUGUAUUGUUGCCGCUUUCUGAAAAUGUCGCUUCAAUUGCCUUAUACUGGAUUCUUCCCUGCAAGUUGUUUUCCCACUGGAUUUUACAGAAGAUCAUGCGUGCGCGGGUUAUGGAGCAGAAACAGAGUCAGAAAAUUAGAGAUGGUUGUCAAAGCUGGUCCCAAAAGAAUCGAAUUUGACACGACCUGUCGAGUUGCUUUACUUUCUGGUAUCAAUAAGCUUGCCGAUGCUGUUUCUGUGACUUUGGGGCCUAAAGGGCGAAAUGUGGUUCUCUCUGAAUCGGGUACUCUCAAAGUGAUAAAUGAUGGUGUCACUAUUGCUCGAGCCAUAGAGCUCUCCGACACAAUUGAAAAUGCUGGAGUUCUGCUAAUCCAAGAGGUUGCAACUAAAACGAAUGGUUCAGCUGGCGAUGGUACAACCACUGCAAUUAUAUUAGCUCGGGAGAUUAUAAAAUUUGGAUUGGUGGCUAUCAAUAGUGGUGCUAACCCUGUCUCUAUGAGAAAUGGGAUGGAUAAAACCGUAAAAGCGUUGAUAAAUAAAUUGAAGGAGAGAAGUUUUCCUGUAGAAGGAAGUGAUGACAUUAAAGCUGUGGCAUCGUUGUCUGCUGGAAAUGAUGAGUAUAUUGGGAACUUAAUUGCUGAAGCUAUUGAUAAAAUUGGUCCUGAUGGAGUGAUGUCAAUUGAAUCUUCUUCAUCAUCUGAAACCUCUGUGAUAGUUGAAGAAGGAAUGAAGAUAGAUAAGGGGUACAUGUCUCCACACUUUGUCACCGACAAGGACAAGCCUAUUGUGGAAUUUGAGAGUCCCAGAAUUUUGGUGACCGAUCAAAAGAUAUCCUCUGUGAAAGAGAUUGUUCGUUUGCUGGAAAAGGCUACACAAUUGAAUGUUCCUUUGUUGAUUAUUGCUGAGGAUAUAUCACGGGAGGUGCUGGAAACACUAGUUGUGAAUAAAAUGAAGGGUGUACUUAAUAUUGCUGUUGUAAAAUGCCCAGGGAUUGGAGGUGGGAAAAAAGCUUUAUUACAAGAUAUUGCGCUUAUGACAGGUGCUGAUUUCAUUUCCGGAGAUUUGGGCCUAAGCCUUGACACUGCAACUUCUGAUCAGCUUGGUAUUGCUCGGGUGAUAACCAUAACAAGCAAUUAUACCACUAUAGUUGCGGACCCUUCAACUAAAGCUGAAAUACAGGCAAGAAUUAUGCAGAUAAAGAAGGAUCUUUCUGAGACAGAUAGCACGCAUCUGGCAGAAAAGCUUAGGGAGCGGAUUGCAAAGCUUUGUGGUGGGGUGUCUAUAAUUAAGGUUGGGGCUCAUACUGAAGUUGAACUUGAAGAUCGGAAACUAAGAAUUGAGGAUGCAAAAUGUGCCACCUUUGCUGCCAUGGCUGAAGGUGUGGUACCUGGCGGUGGGGCUACUUAUGUACAUCUUUCCAAGGAAAUACCUGGAAUAAAGAAUGCCUUCCAGGACCGUGAUGAGAAGAUUGGUGCAGACAUUAUUGGAAUGGCACUGCUUGCACCUGCAAAAUUGAUUGCAGCGAACGCAGGUGUCGAUGGAGAUGUAGUCGUGGAGAAAAUAAAAGACUGUGAUCCAAGAGUUGGUUAUAAUGCAAUGAGUGGGAGGUAUGAAGAUCUGAUGGCUGCUGGAGUAAUUGAUCCAUGUCGUGUAUCAAGAUGUGCACUGGAAAAUGCUGUUUCUGUUGCUGGUAUGAUCCUUACUACGCAGGCCAUACUGGUGGAGAAGACGAAGAAAGCUAAGCCACCUGUUCCUCAUAUUCCUGGCAUCUCUUCCUAAACACUAAUGGAAUUUACAAGUCUACAGGAUCUCCUACAGCCAAGUUAUUAUGGUAAGCAAAAAAUUCAUUCAGUCUUUGUAGAAUCAUCAUAUAGAUCGAAUUGCUAUAGGAUUUCAUGAAAAGAAGAAAACUUGGAGAGGAAUGGCAUAUGGUUGCACGAAUGGAAGCACAUCCGGAAGACAUUCAUUCGGACAUUGGAUAGAGGUAUUGCUAUGGCGUUUAAUAUGAUUAUACACAGACAUUGCCAUUUCAAGUUUCAUUACGUGGCGUUGGAUUUGAUUAAGCCUAGCUAACAACACACUACUAUAGGAGAAAUUAUUUUUUUCCGGAUACAUUCUUGGUUAUUAGUUUUGUAACAUGUUUUUGCAUAUCGUGUUUUCAUAAUAUUUGUUAUUUCUGCUAUUCAUAUGUGGAUUCGUCAUGCCCCCGAUUUUCUGCCUAAUGAAGCUUUGAUUGUCCUGACUAGAGUAAUUGCGCUAUAAGUAGUGUUGUUGGCGUUCGAAGUAGAUUACCAUUAAGAAUGUCAUAGAAGUGCUGCACACAUCCGAAACUGAUCUUCUGACGUGUACAUUGUAAAUAACAUAUCCCUCCAUCCAUAAGCGCCUUAACUCAAUGGAUAGUAUUUGAAAGGAGCCUUUGAGUUUUGUAGUAGACUAAUAAAUAAUAGUAUUUUAUUGGUGAGUGGAAAUCUGUAAAAGAUUU